AUGUCUUCCAAGGGAACCGUCCUGAUCACGGGGCUCAACGGCUACGUCGCGGGCCGCACGGCUGAGAAUGCCCUCAAAAACGGAUACCGAGUGCGUGGAACAGUCCGCAAGCUGGCCGCCGGUACCAAGGUCAAGGAGGCACUCUGCGCUCUGGGUUAUGCGGCAGACGACAUCGAGGUGGUCGAAGUGUCCAUGAUAUGCAAGGCCGGCGCACUAGACGAAGCUGCUCGCGGAUGCAGUGCGAUAUUGCACCUCGCAUCGCCCUUACGCGAAGCCCACACACUACCAGCACCAGAGGUAGUGAGUUUGGCCUUUGACAGCACAAGCUCCAUCCUCGAGUCGGCGUUGAAGGCAGGUCCGCAACUACAGAGCGUAGUCUACAUGUCGUCCGCCGCCGCCGUCUUCGACAUGCCCGCAGCACGUCGGACUCAUACCGAGAAGGACUGGAACACGACUGCAGAGGAGAUAGUCAAGGAGCAUGGCACUGAAACUGACGGAGUCACCGCGUACAUGGCGAGCAAGACGGCUGCUGAACGGUUGUUCUGGAAGUUCCGCGAGGACUACAAGCCUGCUUUUGGGAUGACUGCCCUUCAACCUUCAUACAUCGUCGGAGAGCCCCUUGUCCCCUGGGAGACAAAGGAGCAGAUCCCCUAUUCCAAUGCCAAUAUCUGGCAGCUACUCUCUGGCGGUGAUCUCCCCGGCUCGACGAUGGUGUACGAUGACACGAUAGACAUACGAGACGUCGCUCGGAUGGUGGUCUGGGCGGCAUCGAACCCUGAGAGAGCAGACGGAGAGCGGUUUCUGUGUUCGUCGGCAGUGGGUGGACCUCAGGCUAUUGCGGAUGUGCUGAAUCAACAAAUGCCCAGUCUUAGGACAAAGCGAGGAACUCCGGGGAUUGGAUACGAGAGCGGGUACAAGGUCAAAGAUGGCAUAACGGGGUUCGACAGUGGGAAGGCCGUCAUGGCGACGGGCCAGGACUGGAUUCCGUAUGAGACAACUAUUGUGGAUACGGCGAACUUCAUGAAGAGGUAUCUCGGCUGA